CAAGCUUUUUCCCAUGUCAAAGUUUCAAUCUUUAAUCGGAACAAACAAUACAGAAUCCUAUAUAAAAAUGUGAACAAAACCCUACGAUCAAAUCGAAGCUGCUCUACUUUUCCUCUUCUGUACCAGGAAGCAUAUACCUUGAAGAAACACGAUCGAAGCUUGCAAGAUUUCACUAAUGGAUGAAUCUGAUCCGUACCCAAAGGACUAUGGAACCGGCACCGGCGACCCCAGGAGACUGACAUCAACUUCUUCAUCUUCUUCUUCAUCCACAACAAGCGUUCACGUGACCGCCUUGGACGGCCUCGUCAACGUGAACUCCCUUUUCACCAUCGCCGUCUUCGUGGGCCUUUCUUUGACCACUCCCGGCCAGCGCAGCCUCGAGAAUCGAGCCCCCUGCGACGCCGGCAUCGACGUUGCUAAAAAGCUCUUGGUGUUCGAGGUCGUCUCCUUCAGCUUCUUCCUUUUCUCCUCCCUGGUGGCGCAGGGCUUGAAGCUGGCCAUCAAUCUGUUGAACAGCAAAGACGUGGAUGAAGCUUUCAGAGCACACAUUAACCUCAAAGUAUUGAGGUUCGGGAUGAUGGGGUCCGCCGUGGGGUCCGUCAUGGGGUGCUUGUUUCUGAUGCUGUCGAUGGUGAACGUGAUCGAGAUACGGCUGGGGAUGUUGUCUUGUGGCAGUAAGUCCGCCAUUAAUGCGGUGGCGGCUUUGGUUACUCUGGUUUCUUCUGCUCUCUUGGUUUACAUUUCCACUGCUGUUUAUGCUUUCUUGCAUUGAAUCGUCAAACAAAUAUUGUUUGGUUGCUUGUUGCCAUGAAACAAAUAUUGUAAAUCAAAGUCGUGGGUUGGUUGGCCUAAAUUAAGAAUCCAAUAUACAUUUAUUUUCAACAUUUA